AUGGAGUUACCUGCUGAUGUCGAUGAAGAUGAGUUGAUACAUUCAGAGAAUCCCUAUGGAGAUUUUUACGCUAAUGAAGCUACUAUUCGAGAUAUACCUUUGAAUCAACUCGAGUCAGUUAUUGUAGAAAAUAGAAUGAAUGAAGAUGAGGGAUUUCAGAAAGAAUAUGCAACACUACCAUAUGGGGAACAAUACAAGUGUGACGCUGGAAAGAUGGAUAAAAAUAUAGUUAAAAAUAGAUUCAAAACAACAUUUCCUUAUGAUCAUUCAAGAGUAAUACUGAGGACAGAGAGUGGAUCAGACUACAUAAACGCCAACUAUAUUGAUGGCACAGAGAGGGAUAAGCAAUAUAUUGCUGCGCAAGGGCCGAAACAGAACACAGUAAUUGAUUUCUGGACAAUGAUUUGGCAAGAACGCGUGACAACCAUUGUAAUGUUGACCAAUCUAAAAGAGGGGAUGAAGACAAAAUGCACUCAGUACUGGCCCGCCGCUAACAGACAUAUCAACUAUGGAAGCGUAUCAGUGAAAUUGACUGAUGAAAAGGUGUACGCAUUUUACAUCAUUCGAAAAUUGAGUGUGAACCAUAAAGAGACAAUUGAGUCCCGUGUUGUUACCCAGUACCAUUAUACAUCUUGGCCAGACCAUGGAACCCCAGAUCCACUAUGCCUUGUCGUCUUCCUUGAUCAUGUGACCCGAACUAAUCAGAGAAACUCUCAAACAGUUGUACAUUGCAGUGCGGGAAUCGGUAGAACGGGAACGUACAUAGCACUAGACGUCCUGAAUCAGAUAGGAAGAAAGACAGGAAAAGUUAACGUAGCGGAAUAUGUCAAGAAGAUGAGAGAAAACAGGAUGAAUAUGGUCCAAACAUACGAACAGUACAUGACCAUUUUUCUAGCUUUAAAUGAAAUAUUCAAAUCCCAAGUCAACAGCACAACUAUUGAUGAAUUUACUAAAAAGGCAGAAGCCAUGGUGACAGACAAACCAGCCAAUCAGAGUACAUUGCGAAAAGAAUUUCAGCUUUUAAUGAAAAUACGACCCACAUAUAGCGAUGCUGAUUUCAAGCUUGUGAAGGAAAGCUGUGGUGAUAUAUAUUUUAAUGGUAUACUGCCCCUGGAUAAAUACAGCGUACAUCUUUCGUCUGCUCUUCCCAAACGAGGGAACUUUAUCAACGCCAUCAUCACACCGUCAUACACCAACAAUAAAGGGUUCAUAGUGACGCAGUAUCCAACGGUAAAGGACGCUGUUGACUUCCUACGCCUGCUCAAUGAUCACGAGUCUGACAUUGUAAUAUGUAUGGAUCCACUGUUCAAAGUAGACUCGAGUAAGGUGUGGUUACCAAGUCCCUCUUCUUCUUCUAAGACGAACUCGCCAUUCACUGUUCACUUUCAAUCAAAUUCUGAAACUGACGUAAACAUCACUAUCGUUCACAUCCUGCAGAAGAAUAGUGAAGAGGAAGCUCAUCCUGUGACAAUAGUAGAACCAAAGGUCAGCAUAAAAACAUCCGGGACUCCUCUUGACACUUCUCAACUCCGGAGUCUUGUUUCAGCUGCACUGGGUGUUGAAAAAGAGAAUCCUAUCACAGUUAUAAGCAGCGACGGGGCGUCACUUUGUGGUGCAUUCUGUGCCCUUCACAACGUGAUACAGCAAAUUAACAUGGAUGACAGUGUUGAUGUCUUUACUGCUGUGAGACAAUUGCAAGUUAGAAGACCAGAACUCUGUUCAAAUCUAGACGAAUAUCGCCUGGUGAUCAAGGCCGUGUAUGAUCAUGUUCUAAGUACUACGGAAAACAUAUACUGCAAUCAGCGAUAAAACGCGGAUUCAAAAUACCGCUCAGCGAGACAUUUAUCUUUAUCCGAGAGAAAUUCAACAUGCAUCAGAUUUUUCCUUUGCUUAUAUAAAUGGACUAUGUAGAUUGAUAGAAUUA